AUGAAGAACCCAUACCUGUCAAACAAGAAAAUCUAUGAACUGCUGUAUACAAAGAGUUAUAAAGGGCACGAGAAGGAAAUUAAAGAAGUGUUCGAAAGGAGAUACUCCAAAUUGCUGACGUACCUAAGUGAGAACAAUAAGAAUCACGAAAUUAUUUCAAUUAAACUUCAACAGUUCAUUAAUCAUAAUUUAAGCUUCAACGAUUCCAAGUCCUACUUUUUUGGAUUCUCCAAAGAAUUACUGGUACAUUGUAUGAAGGUGUAUUUUUAUGACGAAUUUUGUUCAGGCACGAAUUGUAGAAAUUUAUCAUCUGGCAAAACUGGAUUGGGCGAUGAUGGUGGAGUGGGCACUGACGAUGGUAGCGACAAUGGAAGUGACGAUGACAGUGACGAUGACAGUGAUGAUGACAGUGACGAUGAUGAAGAGGGCAAGGUGAAGAAGAUGAAAAUUUCCUCCAGACUACAGACAAAUUCAAUAGGAAAGGUGCAUUUGACAAAAUAUGACGAUACUGAGGAUGAGGAAACUUGGGAAAAAUUUCUUUUUGACGAAAUAAAAAAGAAGGCAGAAGAGUUUGAUAUGAAAAAAUUACACGAUAUAUACUGUGAUGAAUAUUUUUAUAUUUUCAAAAAUAUCCUGCACGUUUUGAAAGAGUGUGAAAUAUUUUACGCAUAUUUAAAUUACAAAGCUGAAGAUUUUACAUAUGAAAAGAAUUUUGUUUACACUUUGUUUGAUGUGAUAGAAAGCAAAUUAAAUAUUCAUCAAUUGUUGCAAAUAUAUUUCGACACGUACAAGGACGCAAAUAAUUAUUUCGAACUUAUAAAAACAACAAAUGUAGAAAACAGAACAUGGGUAUACAAAUAUCUACUUCUUUUUCUUAAUGUGCAAAUAUGCUGUAUUAAUAUAUUUUUUUAUAUCCAAUUAAGAUUAAAUAUAUUUUCAAAAUUUAAUUUGAAGCCCUUCUUGAACAUUUUUUUAUCAUUUUCCCCUAUGGAUGAUCAGUGUGAUGUUAAUCAUUCAUACACAGACAUUGUUACAAGUACCCUUCAACAGAAGGAAUAUUCCAUUAUUUUUUUCAUUUCUUCAUUAAGCAAAUUAUUAACAUGGGAUGAUAUUGUUAAAUAUGUAAAAUACCCGUCUGGUGUUAAUUCCUCCACAUCAGCUAUUUUAAUGAAAUUUUUUUUUCUCUUUAAAGAAGAAAAUAAAUGGAAGAAUUAUGAAGAAAACAUAUGUAUGGUAGCACAGUGUUUACCAUAUCUGGAUGAAAUAAUUAACAGAUUCUCCUUUAUGCAGGAUAAUUGUGUGUAUAAGAAAAUCAUUUUGCAUGUUCUCAACGCAGCUUUGUGUACUGACCAGGAUAAGGAAAGCGCUUUGCAUUUUGUCGAUCAUGUGGACUUUGGAAAUAGCAACAGUAACAGUAACAGCAACUGUAACAGUAACUGUAACAGUAAUGGUUGCCCUGAUAACAUGGAAGAGUAUGGAAGUGGUGCUCAAGCCUUCGAAGCAGAAACAAAAUGUUCAGGGGCAGGUCCGAGUAACCAUCAGCAAUACUAUAAUCGAAAAGAAAAAAAGAACAUAAUAGGGAUGCGAACAAUGAGAAAUGAUGAUUUUUCCUGUACAAAUCAUAACAUAUAUGAGAAAAAUACAAAUGAAAGAAAAGUUCGUCAUGAAGAAUGUAUUGGCCCAAUGUCAGAACGUGAUUUAAACUUCUCUUUGAUAAAGAACAUGAAAAAACAUAUCGAAAAAAAAGAAUUUUUCAAAAAAACAAUUGACUUGAAAUUAUUUCUUAAGGUUUGCAUAUGUCUUUACAGUAAAGAUGAUUAUAUUUUAUUUACACAUGACAUAAUGAAAGAAGGAAGAAAUAUCAACUUGUGUAUUGAAUACUUACAGGAAGACGAUUUUCAGUUUGACAUGUACACACAGAAGUAUUUUUUUUACGAUUUUAAUUAUAGAAGUACUGAAAUUGUUACAAAUGUGGAAGAGAAAAAGAAGAUCGUACCAUCAUAUAUCUCUAUUGAAAGCAAAAAUAUCUUAUUAGAAAUUUCAUCUUUCUUUUUUUCGUAUGAUUAUUUGAAAAUAUACAGUAUGAAACAAAGGAAAAGGGGAAAAAAUUAUAGUGGAGAAAGACCACCAUCUCCACCUUCUGAUAGUAAUGAUGAGGAUAAUUCCAUUUAUCAUCCAAUAAUUUUGCAGAAUGUUAAUCGAUUGCUAUUAGAAUUAUUUUGUAACAAGAUUGGUUACACAUGUGUGGACAAUCUUAUCAUAUUCAACCACAAUUUAUUAUCUAUAUACAGGAUUUUGAAAGCAUUAAUCGGAACGAGUGCAAACUUGAUAAGUUUCAAAGAAGUGGUAAAGACAGUUGAUACAAUUUCGAAAAAAAAUCAGAACAAAAUGGUUGUUAAUAUAACAGAAGAGUAUACAGUGACAACUUUGGAAAAUUCUUUAUAUUACAAAAUUUGUGAAAUGUUAAAAAAGAAAAAUUUAGAUAAGAAUAAUGUGUAUAUUACUUAUAUCGAGUAUUACUACAUAUUACUAGAUUUUUAUUGUAAAUAUAUUUAUAAUAAUUUUGUGAAGAAUAGAAGAAAAGAUUUUUUGGAAGAUAAUUUUUUUUUUGAGAAAUUUCAGUAUAUUAUUCACUUCUUUUGUAAAAUAUUAAAAAUAAAUAAGUGUUUUCAUAUGCUUAUUGAAAUUAAAAUAAAUAAUUAUUUCAGAUUGGGAUAUGACAUAUUUAACAGUUUCGUUAGUUUAUUUACGUAUCUUUUUUUUCUUUCUUUAAAAUAUGAAGAACUGAAAUCCCUAAAUUAUGAAAUAACUAGCUGCUUAUUAUUUUUAUUAAAGAAAGUAAAUAUUAAUAAGCUCAAUGCAUACAUAUUUCAAAUUUUCUCUUACAUUGAAUAUGAAGAAUUGUUGAGAAAAGAGAAAGGAAAUGUUGCACAUGGGAGGCAGAGAAAUAUGUUUAGUUCUUCUGAUAGAGAUAAUACAAACACGAACAAUAAUAACAAUGAAGAUGGAGAAUUGCAUGACGAAUACUUGAUUAGUGCUGAGAUACCAUUUGCUACAAAUAUCGAAACGGACAUUUAUCUUACCUCAAAUGUGAACUACAAUAAUCUUACGAAUUUUAAGUAUGAAAAGGACCAAAUGGACGUCAAAGAGAAUUUUAGAAUCGACAUUUCCUUCUUGAAAAUUUUUAUUUUGAUGAACGAGGUGCGCAAGGUAGACUUGGUUGCCUCCGGGUGUCUCCCUGAAUUUUCCAACCAGUUUGACUCAAACGAUGGGGACCAUAGUGGGAGAAGCGGGAGAAGCGGGAGAAUUGAGGAAAGUGAUCAAAGUGGUAGAAGUGAGGAAAGUGAUCGAAGUGGUAGAAGUGAGGAAAGUGAUCGAAGUGAUAGACGUGAUCGAAGUGGGAGAAGCAACUCUCCCCCGUCUUCUAAUCUUAACAAGAGCUGCAGGAGCCAUUUGAGGGAUAGAGGAUUUCACCCAUGUGGAAUCGAAUACAUUACAGAAGAUAUCAGCAUGGAAGACAUUUGCAUUAUCACACUCAUGCAAUUGUUCGAAGUAGACGGUCAUAAGAUGAGCUUUAUAAGUGAUUUACUUAGAGUGUACGAAGAAGAAAAAAGGAAAAAAAUAUAUGGAUUAACAGAAAUAAUACUAAAGAUAUUUCAAAAAAUCAUAAAAAGAAAAAGCAGUAAUUAUUUCCAUCUAGACAUGUAUAAAUCUUUUCAAAUAAAAGUGUUACAGAUGCUGGAGUGCGUGAAUAUUUUAGAAAAUAAGUGGGUCAUAUGGAUAUUUCAAAAUUGUGAUAAUAUAUUUAAAAGAGAAAAAGAUAUUGAUAUAAAAAAAAUUGUGAAGCUCUUUUUUAUUUCUUUUUAUAAAUUUUUAAAAAAUUAUUUUUUACAAAUAAAUAAUUUUCUUGAAAAUAAAAAAGUAUACAACAGUAACAACAGUUUCGACGAUUUUUAUUUUUUCCUUUUUUCAAAUUAUAUUAACAAGAUUUUUAUAGAAAAUUUUUCUUCUUCAUUUAUAUUUAAAUUAUCCAAAAUUUCUAUUCUUAAUUUGUCCUUAUCGAUAGUGAAUUAUAUGAUGAAAAUGACUAAAAGUGUGAAUGUGCACAUGUUAAAAAAUUUGUAUAUAGAACUGAGUACUGCAAUUUCUAUGAGUUCUAUUACAUCAUUAAAUUUACAAUCAAGCAGUGAACAAAUAUACAAUUCUCAACAGCAGAAACAGUUAGAAGGAGAAGAAUUACUAUUACUACCCUCUGAAGAGAAGAACCAGAAAAUCCCGAUUUCUAUGCAAAACGGGAAUAGGUAUGAAUCUGCCACUUUCAAUAACUUUAUGAAAAAUAUAAUUAUUAAUCACAAGACGUUGUUAAACAAGCCAGAAAUGUACAUAAAGAAAAGAGUUAACAUUUUUCAGAUUGGAAAAGACAUUAGGGAAGUGGCAACUAGUCGAUAUUCCAUGGAUUACUUGCAAGAUGUUUUGUUAUUAGAAAAGGGAGAAGAGAACCAUUCUUUGAAAAUGAUUGAUGAUAGUAAUAAUUGUUUCUCCAACAAAGUUGAGAAGGAGAAGAGGAACAUCUAUCAAAAUGGGUUCAGAAAUGAUGUUUACGCAGAUCAAAGCUACGGAAAAAACAACUUUCAGCCCGAUAUGAAACUAAACAAUUGCAAAAGGAAUGUUGAACAGCUUUUUUACACAUCCACAGUAAACUACAACAUGUACAAUUCUUCAAUUAAUGGAAAUUCCAUAAAUCAAAAUUCAGCAUUUGAAAAGGAAGAAGAAGGAGAACAACAACAGCAACAACAACAACAACAACAACAUCCCAUGGCAAGAUACAGUUUGAUAUUUUUUAAAUUUUUCUAUCAUAUAAAAAAUAUGCUGAACAUUGUAUUGCAAAACAAUUAUGUUUUUUUUUUAAGCGACUUUUUGCUUAUGCAUUAUGAACACUCAGAUAAAAAACAUAAUUUUUUUAAAUACAACAUGAACAAGUCAGAUGAAUAUUACUCCAUUUUUAAUGUCUUUAUCAAUGAAUACAAUAUGAACUAUUACAAGAAUAAGCACAAUCUUUUUAUAUCUAUAAACACAAAAAAUCCAAAUUUUAGAAAAUUGAAUGCACAAGUAGUGAAUCGCACUUUGCUUCUAUACGCCCUUUUGUUGGACAGCUGUUGCAAGUUCUCUUUUUUGAAAGAAGUUAAUAAUAUAUCUACCAACAUAUCGAGUCAGAUUUUUUCACUUUUCGACACUUCACAUCUUAUCCUCAGUUUAUUUUCGAAAGUUUCUCUGAGUGUGAUUCCAAAGAACGAUAUGGUGAGCCAAGCUAUUAAUAAUGACAUCCUAAGCAUAGAAAAAAAACAAGCAGAAGAAAAAAGAGAAAAUUUGAAUAUAUCGUUAUUAUAUUUUCUAACUUACAACUACAAGAAUAUAUGCAACUUUUAUUUGAAACUAAAUCAGUACUUUAAGGUUAAUGAAUUUAAUAAUAUGUAUUUUCUUUGUAAAUAUAGCCAAGGGUUUCUUCCACUUUCUAAGAUUCUGAACAUGUUCAUGCAGAAGCUGCUAUUUUGUUUACGUAAAGUCAAUCAAAUAAACUUACUUAACAUCAAAUUGAUUUUCACAAAAAAAGCAUUCGAAGUGCUCAAAAUUUUGUAUGCAUUUAUAAAAGAUAACGAUUUGAUAAGUUGGAGGAUAUACAAAAAUUUAUUUAACACACUCUUGUGUAUAAUCAAGAGAUAUAUCAAAAUUGACGUGGAACAUUCGUGUGAUGUAUCAUCGUUUGAGUUGUUGCAUUUACGGAUUCUGAAUUUAGCCCUACACUUCAUAAAUGUGAUCUAUUUUAACCUAACCCAGGUGGUAGGACGUAAUAACACGAGUAUUCAAUCUGCUGAGAAGAUUAACAAUGAUAUGAAGAAUACUGACGAUGUGAAGAACAUCCAGCAAGAGAACGAUCGAGGAAGGGACGAAUCAAAAAAGGAAAUUAGCAAGGAAGAACUGAAAGUCAUUCGAAAGAAAAGGGCAUUCUGGAAAUACAUAAAAAAACUUCUGAACAUGUUCACGCGAAAGCUAAAAAGAAAUACACUGAAUUUCGUGUUCGCAAGAAACAACCAUUUAUAUAACAAAGAAGAGAAGAAAGAAUUGAUAAAUUAUAUGUAUAACUUGAACAUAAUGUGCGAACUGUUCGAUUUGAUAAUAAAAGGAGUAUACACAAAAGAGAGUCGAAUGUACAAAUUGAUUAUCAGGAUUUGCUAUGAUCCAAGUAUUUGUAACAUUUUCUUCACGAUUAAUUUUGACAAUAUGAAUGAAAUGAUUAAUACAUACUUAGAUUUGCAUAAAAAAAAUAUGGAUAAUUCAGAAAAUAUAAAAGAUCUCUUAGCGAACAAUAAGAAUGUCCAUGUAAAAAAACACGGAUUCAUAAAUGAUGAUUCGUUAAUUCAAAAUAUCAUAGAUGUAUUGAAUGAAAAAAAAAUAAAUUAUAAAUAUGUACUUAACUUGAGUGAAGACAAAGCAUAUUCGCAACAUGGAAAUAAUACAAUUUUUGAAGAAACUCAAAAUUCUAUAUCUGUUAAAAAUUUGAUUCAAAAAAAAAUCGAAUUGUUAGAUUCUGGUUAUGUAUGUAAUAAAUUUUUUCAAGGAAAAUCGAAAAGAUAUGGAAAAAAAAACUUUCUCUUUGAUAUUAAAAAUUAUCUGUAUUGUAUGAAUGCAUAUGGUUCUGUUAGAACUGGGCAGGAAAAGUUUCACGAGAACGACUUGUUUUUUUCAGAUGUGAGAAGAAGAACCCUUUUUGAUUUCGAUUUUCCACUAACCACUGUUUCAUCUCUGAUUGAUGAAAGAAGAAUACACAAUCAGAGGGGAAAGGACCAAGGACGGUGGGGUGGUGGGGUGGUAGUACUUAACAAUGCUGUAAGACGAGAUCCUUUGAAUGAAUACAAAUCUGGAGAAAUGCUGAAAAAAAAAAUAGAUUCAAGUAUUAUGAACAACAUAGAUACAAUUUUGUUAGACGAAGAAAAUCAGAACCAUUAUAAUUCCACAGAAGGAGAAGGAAAAAGUACAAACAAAGCAGAAAAGAUUGACAAAUCUAAGGAUGAAAAAAGUGCACAUUCUUCACUCGGAUUUAUCAAUGAUACAAAUACAUUAUCAGAAAAAAAUGAUUGGCUCUUCAGUGCAUAUUGCACAAGACAUUGGAUUGAUCCUUUAUUUCCUCCCAGUGAUGAACAUAUAGAAAAAAAAAAAAAAAAAAAAGAGAAGAAGAAAAAAAAAAUAAAUAAUACACACUAUUUUGGUAGUACUUUGAGCAACCCAUCCAACGUUUUCAUAUUUUCAAAACAUUUUAAGAACGAAAUAAAGUGCAUGAAAUAUAUUAACCUUACACAAAGCAUCUACGACAGUAAGAUACGGUUGUUACUGAUUUUGUAUAAAUUGGUGAUCAUAAUGAAACAUAAAAAUGUACUAAAUGAUGAAAUUUUUCAGAAGAAGGAAAAUCGAGCAUUACAGAAGAGAAACAUAUCUAGAACUUCCCCUUUUCUUUUUUUUGUUUAUGAAUCAUUGAUUACUUUCUUAGCUCCCUCGGUUCAAGUAAGCAAAAAUCCUCUUUUUUACAUUCUAGUUUCUAAUAUUUUGAUAAAUAUAUUGACAAUAGGAAGUUCUAGGAAUUGUAAGGGAGAAGCAAUCAUGGUGAACACACUUACUCGUGGUGAAUUGGAGAGACGAAACAAUGCUGACAAUUCAGAAGAAAAUGCAUCGAAAUAUGAACAACGCUCAUUUCAUUAUAAGAAACGAAGCAAUGAUAGAAGUUCCGUAAAACAAUCUCGUGAGGAGUUUAUGGAUGAAGGAGGAACAUGUUACUAUCAUCAAGGAAGUUUCUAUUGUAAUCUUUUUAUUCAUGAAUCAUUUAUGGCAAAUGCAAAAAACAAAAAAGAUCAUGUUUUCUUUGAAAUUUUGAAUAACAUAUCAAAGAAUGAAAUGCAAAAGUACUUAUUCUUAAAAAAUGAUAGAAAGGAGGAAAAAAGUUACAACCAGAAUAAUAUAGACAAAGAAAAAAAGAAUCACAAAUCGAAGCAUAUGAAGAACAAUUAUGAAAAAAAUUGUAUAGAUAAAAAUAGUUUAAUAUACAAUAUGCCGUUAGUUCUUUCUUUAUUUAUUAGAUGCAUCACAUUGCAUGUUCAGAAUUUUAAGUUUCAUCACAAAAAUUUUUAUUUUCUUAGAAAUUUCAACUCAUUAUAUGUACCCAGAUCGAUCCUGAAAUAUAUGUACCCAUCAAACUACUUUAACAUUAACUUAUUUGUCAAUUUGUUGGAACUUUUUUAUGUAACAAUUCGGAUUUACAAUAACUAUUUUAUAGAAUUAAACAGAAUGUGUUUCCAUAGAGAAAUGGUUACCUCGCAAAAGGGUGGAAAAUUUGAGGUGGUUCAGAAUCAGAGCAGGAGCAGAGGUAGGAGCGAGAACAGGAGCAUCAGUCCUGAGUCCUCAAAUGAAGGAGUGCCAAUCGAACAGGUGAAAAAUGAUAAGAAUUAUGGAGAAACUAAGGAGCACAAAGAAAUGUGCAAAUCGAGAGAAGAAAAAGAACAAGUUGAAGAAGAUGAGGAAAAUUUUAACAUUUAUAUAACAACGUUGAAGGAAAUUUUAAAGGAAUGCUACGAGACUCAUGAUAUGCACAUGAAAAAUCAAGAAAGUAAUAAUGUUAGAAAAUCGGAUUCGAUCGAACACAUUCUUCUGUACUUUUUAUACAAUAGAAUAAAUACUGUAUAUGACAUUUUUUAUAACUUUUUUUUUAAUUGUAUAAAGGGAGGAAAAAAAAAAAAAAACAUUUUCGAUAUAGUAAAUGUUUAUAUAUACAAAUUUUUAAAAAAUGAUAUAUACCAUCAUAUUAACAAAAUUAACCUAUUUUUGGAUUCAAAUGAAUACUACUAUUUUUACGUGAACACGUUAACUUUUAUGAUCUUGAAUAAGCACAUCUGUAUGUACAUAAUUAAGGGAGAUAUUUUGACAAAACUUAUAUAUGUUCCAGAUAUAUACCACUCCAUAUUUGACAAGAGCAAGACUUUUAGCGCUAUCUAUUACUUGAACCAUGAAAACCAAUAUAUUAGAAAUAAGAAUCAUAUAAUUUUCUGUUCCCUUAUAGUUCUAUUAAUUAAAAUGCUGUAUAUUUUUGUAAAAAAUGUGAAAGGUGGUAUCGGAUACUUUCCCUUUGAUUAUUUUAGAGAUCAUAACAUGGUUGAUUUCUUUAUGGAAAAGACUACAGAACAGGAGGAGCAGCACCCACGAGGAGGAGAAGGAAGUGGAAUUGAAAACACAGACGAAUUACAGUGUAGAGACGAAGAAGAAACAUAUGUAGAUCCUCAGAAUCAUGUAGUUUAUUCAAGCGAUUCAGAUUAUUCAGAUCGAAGGGUUCAUGUGGGGAGAAGUAGAGAGCAAAGGGAAAGAGAAACUGGAAGAGGUAGAAAGGAUGCACAGAACGUGCAAAAUGGGAUGAUCAGACGAAAUGGACAUGCCACCCACUCUGGCAAUGCUACCCAAUCUGGAAAUCCUGCCCGAGUGAGCAACGAAGCAGAGUUUUUUCUAGACUCCAUGUUAGACGUGAUAAACAAGUUUUCGGAUAGAAUCAAUUUCAUAUUUUUAAAAAUAGAAAAAAUUAACUGCCUAGCUAUUUUCGAAGAAUCCUAUUUAUAUGUGGAGCUACUUACAAAAAUAUCCUACUACUGCAACAUCUUCAAUAUUAACCAUAUACUCAUAUCAUUGAUGAAUAAAGGGGUAGAACACCACUUGUUUUAUAUCAAUCGAAUUCUCGAGAAGUUUAUAUAUGAGAAGGAGGUGAUAAUUGAUCCCUACAGUCCCUACGAAAUAACUGCAUCUACUAGUGAACCAAAUGAUAAGGGAAAAAAAAAUAGGAAAAAAAAUGAGCUAUCUUUGUUCACACAGAGAAUUCUAUACUUGUGCUACAAAUCUAUCUUGAACUACAACACUAUACUGCUUAACAUAAUACAGAACCCAUACUUCACUUACUCCUACUUUGUUGUGCAUCUAUACAUUCUGAUGCUGAAAUCUACGAGACUCGUCACGAACAUAAUUGAGCACUUUGGACGCAAAAACGCCACACUCAUUCGAACGAUAAAAACCAACUCGGGGCUGUCCUACGUACCCAUUUGUCUAGAUAUAGUAAACACUGUGAAAGAAAAAAAAAAAGAAAAAAUCCAUUACUCCAGAGGCACUGCCAAAUCAACCUUGAGCUGCUACCUAAGCGACAGUUAUUCAGGAAGCGAAGAUUCGAAUUAUUUAGGAGAGAUAGUUCAAUAUAACAGAUCGAUUGAUGAGUAUAUGAAUACAAAAAGGGUAUACAAAAAUGAUUACAUGUUUAAUUUUCUUCCAGAAAUGGUAGAAUUAAAAACGUAUUAUAAUAUUUUAAAAGAAAUAUUGGAAAGAAGUGCUUUUCUCGGGGCCUUUAUAUUAGAGAAGCUGAAACAUACAUGUGAAGAUUCAUGUCUGAAGCAGAUUCUCAUAACGAACGUUUGUUCUUAUUUGAUACAUAUUAAUGCCACUCUUCUACCAUCCAUUAUAUGCACAAAUAAUUUGAAGAAGAAAUGCACUCUAAUUUAUAACUACGUCGUCAACAUACAUAAAAAGUGA